AUGAAAAUUUCUCAUCAAUUUUUUUUCUUAUUUUUCAUUUCUCUUUUUUUGAGAGUAAGUUUUUGUUUAUAUAAGGAUAUUGAAGAAAUUAAAACAGUAGAUUGCCCUAAAAAAUUUGAAGAAUUAUUAGCUUCAAAAAAAAUAUGCGUUGUUCAGUUUUACGCAACUUGGUGUAGGGUAUCAAGAGGAUUCGCAAACGAUUUUAUAAGUAUUGCUAAAACAUUAAAAGAUAAUGUAACUUUUAUAGCUAUAAAAGAUGAAGAUAUAGCUAAUAAAUAUAAAAUUGAAUCAUUUCCAAGUUUACAACUUUUUUUUGUAAAUGGGGAUAAGAAAGAAGUUGAAAAAUUUGAUGGAACUUAUAGAAUUAAAGAUGUAGUUACCUUUAUAUAUGAUUCAAUAAAAAAUUAUCGCUUAAGAGAGUUAAAUGUAGAUACUAGUAAAAAUAAAAGUUCUUAUAAGAAAAAGUCUAAACAUAAAAGUGAUGGAAAAGUAAUUGUAUUAAAUGAUAACAACUUUGAUAAAAAUGUUUUACAAAAUGACGAUAAUGUUUGGUUUGUUUUUUUUUAUGCACCAUGGUGUGGUCACAGUAAACCAAUACAUCCAAUGUUUGAUGAGUUGGCAAAAAAAGUAUCUCAUUUAAAAAAUGCAAAAAUAGCCAAAAUAGAUGCAACAGUAGAACAGAGAACAGCUCAAACUUAUCGUAUAAGUCAUUACCCAUCUUUUAGAUUAUUUCCAUCUGGAAAUAAAAAUUCAUUUAGUGCAAUAGAUUAUAAUGAAUCAAGAACAGUAGAAGAUUUCUAUCAAUUUUUUUUAAAAUAUUAUGUAGAAAAAAAAGAGGUUAUUCAAUUAACUUCUCAGCAAGUGUUUGAUGAAUAUUGUGAAAAAGGUGUUUGUCUUCUAGCAUUUUUACCAAAUAAAGAAGACACAGAACCAAUAUAUUUUAAAUCUUAUAUCGAUAUUUUAAAAAAUGUUCUUAAAGAUAUGAACAAUUUACCAGUAACACUACUAUGGACACAAGCUGGUGAUCAAUUAGACAUUAUUCAGAAAUUAAAUUUAAUGUUUGGAUUUCCUACUGUUAUUGCCUUAAAUUUUUCAAAAAAUGUUUAUUCCGUUUUAAAAGGAAAUUAUUCUGAACAGUCUAUAAAAAGUUUUAUUACUCAAAUGAUGAUGGGAAAAUCUUCAGUUGAAAAUUUAGUGGCCUUUACUGUAAAAAAUGCUCCUAAAUUUAUUUUUGAUAAUAUGAAUGAAAUUAAUACAGAAUUAUAA